UUCGAAGGUCAGCGUCCGAAAGGGCCAAGGUAACGUUAGCUUGGGCGGUCCAGUCUUCCCUUGCACGCAGUUGUUUUUUAGUCGCAUGACGGCUCAACUUGGAAAGUUUACGUAACAUAAAAGUGUUCAAGAUGGAGCUGGAGUUACCAGGCUGCUCCCUGACGUGGAUUUUGGCGGCACUUCUCCCGAUCCUGAUCUAUCUGUACCAUAUCCGCCAACUGUCGGUGUUUAAGAAGAUGGGCGUGCCUGCACCACGACAGUGGCCGAUCGUGGGAGACUUCUUUGGCCAGAUGAAACGGGGUCUAUGGGCUCCAGACUACCAAGUCGAAAUGAUGCGACAGUAUGGAAAAGUGUAUGGGGUAUACUCAGGAUCCUCCCCAAUUCUGAUCGUGUCGGACCCGGAGAUGUUACGGGAGAUUUUCAUCAAACAGUUUCACAACUUUUCACGGCGCAACGCUGAAUUCAUGACUCUGAACACCAUACCGAGCGGCCGGUACCUGAUUAACCUGAGCGGUGAGGACUGGAAGAACAUCAGGACCACAAUCACACCUGCCUUCAGCACCGGCAAACUCAAACAGAUGGUAGGGCAGCUGAACCGCUGUGCGAACAUACUUGCGGACACCGUAGGAGGAUUUGCAAAUACUGACAAGCCCUUUAAAGCGAGAGAACUGACCGGUGGCUUCACCAUGGACGCCAUCGCCAGCACGGCGUUUGGAACCGAGAUCGACUCACAGAGGAACCCCGAGGACCCGUUUGUGAUCCACGGCAGGCAGGGAUUCAAGUUCGACUUCAGGAAUCCCAUUUUAUGGCUGUGGAUUUUCUUUCCUAAGAUCAUGAGGCCCAUCCUGGAAGCUACAGACUGGGACUUCUUCCCCAGGAAGUCCUACAGGUUCUUUGAGAACGUCUUCGACCAGCUGAUGGACAUGCGUCAGCAAGGCGGAAUUGAGCGAGUGGACUUCAUGCAGCUGAUGGCGAAUGCUCACAAGGAAAAGGACGAGGAGGAUGAGGGCAUGGAAGAGGUCAAGGUUCACGGUCAGAGGAAAGCUCUGACCAAAGCUGACGUGGUGUCCAACGGCAUACUGUUUUUCCUGGCCGGGUAUGACACGACCGCCUCCACCAUGGCCUACACCAUGUACAACCUGGCUCUCAACCAGGAGGCACAGGAUACCGUCAUUCAGGAAGUGGACAAUGCCAUGGAAGGAAAGGAUGAUGUUGACCAUGAGGCCGUGGGUCAGCUGACGUAUCUGGAGAUGUGCAUCAUGGAGACCCUCCGACUGUACCCACCUGGAGCAAAUGUCAUGACCCGCUGUAGUGUUGAAGACACCGUGGUGAAGGGACUGUCCAUCCCCAAAGGGGUGACCAUUCUCACCCCGGUACAGGCCAUCCACUAUGAUCCCGAACGCUGGCCAGAGCCUAAGAAGUUCAUCCCUGAGAGGUUCACCAAGGAGGAGCGGGAGAAGCGUAACCCGUUCGACUGGCUGCCGUUCGGGGCGGGCCCGCGGAGCUGUAUCGGGAUGCGUCUGGCCCUGCUGGAGGCCAAGAUCGGACUGGCAAAGGUCUUCAUGAAGUACCGCAUCCUGCCCUGUCAGGAGACACAGAUUCCCCUGAAGAUGAAGAAGCAUGACGUAUUCCCUACCGCUGAGGACGGCGUGAUGCUGAAGGCAACGCCGAGGAACCAGUCAGAAAACUGAUGACAUGUCAUAUCUCAUUAUGACAAAAAGACUAAACGUUCUGACCACCACUGAGUAAAUUGGGACAUACCCAAAUUUUCGGACGACUCCGUCAGCUUUGUUCACGGAAUGGACCCGUCUACUGCAGCUUCCAAGACGUGAAGGCCGAAACACCUGAUUGCAGCAAAGAGUCAUAUGUAUCAGAUAACCUGUGUCACCCCCGUCACUGUUUAGUGUUGGACGGUUGGCCCAAAUGUACACCGCCUCCUUUACUCCUCUUGGAAAGAAAUCCGGUUCUGAGUCAGUGUUGGUCAGAACGUUUAGCCUUUUUGUCAUAAUGAAGUAUACCAACACAGAUGAACUUUCAUGCUAAGACAGGAUAUAUCUGUUGUUUCAUGCAUACGACAGCAUGGCACAUGUGAAACUGUACAUGUGUUGCGACACAAACACGAAUAGUUGUAUUUACCAAUGGUAGUAACUGGCAGUAAAGAUACUGCGAUUUCAUUUUAACGACUAGAAUAGUUGCUUUUUUUAAGACACAAUGUGAUACAAAUGAAACAAAGGAACACCUUUAGAAAUAUAAACCAAUAUUAUUUGAUUACCCUACUUUUGUUUUAUAUAUUCCGUAACGAUUUUAACAAUGACUACACCCGAAGUUUAAGAAAUAUAAUACUAUUAGAUGUUAUAAAUAUGUGUACGUAGCAACAUAUACUAAUUGUAUUUGGUUGCAUUUAUAAAAACUCACUAAUUUAUAAGAACGUACGAUUACAUAAAAUACACACUUGUUUGUAUCUAGGUAUACGCGCUUUUUCUUUUUGGUGCCUUAUGUAUAUGUAUAUUACAUGCAAUGGUGUCAAUCAAAUGAAAUAGAAAUUGUCUGGCAAUUAUUUAAAACAUUUGGUGCCUCAUGCAUAUGUAUGCAUGUAAUGGUGCCAAUUAAAUAAAAUACAAAUUGUCUGGCAAUUAUAUAUAUCUUAAAACAUUUGCUACUUUCUAACAGUUACAUAAAAUAUGAAGACGCUAUUAUGCUGAAAGACAUAAAACAUACAAACACUUUAU